AUGUCUUCCGUCUCGCUCUCUCUGUCCGCCCGCUCGGCCGUCGCGGGCGCGAAGGUCCCCGUUCGCCGCGCGCGCGCUGCCGCGGCGAAGGCGACGGGACCGGUCGACGUCCUCGCCGCCGCGGUCGAAAAGGUGUCGUUCGACGGCGCGACGAAAUCAACCGCGGACCUCACCCUCAAGACGGCUCGCGCCGACGUCGCGAAGGGCCUCGUGCACAAGUACGUCGUCAUGGUGCGCCAGAACGCGCGCAGAGGGACCGCGAGCACGCUCACGAAGUCGGAAGUCCGCGGCGGCGGGCGCAAGCCGUUCAAUCAGAAGGGCACGGGCAACGCGCGCGCGGGGUCGAUUCGUUCGCCGCUCAAACCGGGCGGCGGCGUCUCGUUCGGACCCAAACCAAAAGACUGGUCGAUCAAGAUGAACAAGAAAGAACGCCGCCUCGCGAUGGCGACGGCGAUUCAGAGCGCGGCGGGGAGCAUGAUCGUUGUCGACGACCUCGGCGCGAACGUGUCCGUCGCGAAGACGAAGACGAUGGCGAACGCGUUGAAGGCGUGGGGCGUCGAGGAGGGCGAAAAAGCGUACGUCAUCACGAAGGACGCGUCGGACGCGGUGAAGUUGUCGACGCGUAACAUGGCGAAGGUGGUGCAGAGCGACAUCUCGCACCUGAACGUGUACGACGUGUUGAACGCGGAUAAGGUUGUCGUGGAGGAGAGCGCGCUGAAGUACAUCAACGACUUUUACGGCGCGGAGGGGGGCGCGUGGGCGUGAAUGGAGGGUGCGCGAAUGGAUGUGAAAUGAUUCGGCUCGAACGGAUGGACGUUAUACGACUCCACGCCGCGGGGGUCGGACCAGACCACGCGAUUAUUUCGACCGCGACGCGAAAGCGAUAGGCUGAUUGACUGUAAAAAGCGAAGCGUUCACCAU